AUGACUUGGGUUACAACAGGACAUUUGCUGAUGAAUGAAGUAUCUACAGCUGGCUAUCAUAGCUUUGAAAUAAUGGUGCUUCUGAAAAUUUAUACUGCAGAUUCGUACAAACCAGUGCUGAACAUAUGGAAUCCCUUCUUAUCGAAUACAAUAACAAAUGCGUUCUUCUCAGUGGAUACGUUUUUCCUUCUAUCUGGACUUCUCGUAGCGUACAUAUUCUUCAAAUCUAGACCAUCUGCUAAGUUUGUCAAAAAUCCAAUGGUUUGGAUAAUGUUUUAUGUGCAUCGUUGGCUAAGACUUACGCCUCCUAUAAUGAUGUUCAUUGGAUUUUAUGUAAUCAUGGAUCCUUUUGUCCAUGGACCAUGGACUCAAGCAUCUUUUAAUAUUGUGGAAAAUGGGCCAGAAGCAUGCAAGAAAUACUGGUGGCGCAAUCUUCUUUACAUAAACAACUUUUUUGACGUCGAAGAGAAUUGCUAUGCCGUAACAUGGUAUCUUGCCGUUGAUACCCAGCUCUACUUUGUCGCACCAAUCUUUCUCAUCACACUUUUCAUUUCUCCAAUCGCGGGAUUUCUGCUCAUCGGCGCAUGUGUUGCGGCCAGCGUCGGAUAUGUUUAUGCAAUCACAAUCAAAAACUCCUUCCCUGCUAUCAUUUUUGGUUUAUUUUCUGCGAAAACUAUAGUGGAUGCAUGCUUCAGCAAUUUUCUUGACUUUUUCACCAAUUAUUACGAAAAACCUUGGACUCGUUGUCCUCCAUUUCUGAUUGGGAUAGCAGUCGGAUAUAUUUUAGCAUUAGGAAAGAAGCCAAAGUUGAGCAGGUUUUUUACUGCAUCACUUUGGGCAAUAGCCGCCGCAGUUGCUCUAGCGUGUGUUUAUAGUUCUCACGAUUACUUAAAAGGAGAGGAUGUGUGGAGCAGCGUUGUCAGCGCAACGUACAACAAUUUCUCACGUGUUGGAUGGUCGCUAGCAGUUUGUUGGGUUAUUGUCGCGAAUCACUGGGGAUGGGGCGGAAUAAUUGCCAAUUUUAUGGAUCAUCCAGUAUGGCAACCAUUAGGCCGACUGUCUUACACCUGCUACAUUACGCACUUUUUCCUUAUCAGUUAUAUUCACGAUCUCGAUGAUCGACCCACGCAUUUCACUUCUCUUUGGAAAAUGUACAUUUACAUGGUCAUACCUACAAUCGUUGUCUCCUUCGUGUUCUCCUUCUUCUGGAGCUGUCUCUUCGAGGUACCCGUAGUGAAGCUGGAGAAGAUGCUCACCGAUGGAUUACUUCCAAAAAAGUCUUCUGACAAGCCUAAACCCGAAAUUGCUGGACCAGAAGACGGAGGAAAGUCUGGUUUGGAGCGAAAGAGCCAAAAUGUAAAGAGUAAUGGCGGCAUUUCCGAGUCAAUGACUAGACAGAUUAUUGAAGAAAUGGGAGGGAUCAAAAAAGGAGCAGCCGGCAAUGACAAUGUUGGACAAGCUAGACAAGAGGUUGAUAGGCCUGUUUCAAAUGUAAUAGUAAGAAAAGAAGCAAGCGGCGAUAGCGAAAAUGAUACACAGAUUGCAGAAAUGCCCAACUUAGAACUGAAUAGCAAAGUAGCAAUUGAAAAUAGCUUCACUGCAGAAUCAGAGGCCUUGGAAACGCUUGAAUCAGAGGCCUUGGAACCGCUUGGUUCAGAAUUACGAGAAAUCCAAAGAGCAAGCGACGAUGGAUCUGCAGGACCAAAAAGUGGGGAAACGCCAACCUUGGAGUUAAGUGCAGGCAAAGGAGCAACUGCUGGUAGCGGGACUGUUGAACGAAAUGCCGGAAGAAUGCCUAUUUUAGAAAGAGGUUCAGUUACAAGAGCAAGUAGUAUUUGCAGACUAGGAGCUGGAGGAUCAACUGUCCUAGCGGGAGAUGCAAGUGAAACAAUUUCUGUGAGAACUGAAGAUGUGGGCGAAGGUGAUUCGAUUGAGUUACCAAAUAUGGUUGCAAGAUACUAA